AUAGACAAGACACCAUCCUUUCAUGCCGAGACGCGCGUCGACGAGUCUGAUAACUUUUCGUUCACGACCUUUGAAGAUUUCCGUGCAGAACGCGCUGCUUACAGGACAGCAGGCCAACACGAGGACCCGCAAACAGAGCGCUUGAGCGGAUAGAAGGCGUGCGUGGGAGACACGCCACACACGGCACACAGGGUAGGGUAUUUCAGGAAAGAGCCAGCUAACAACGUGUAGAUUGUCCGCGGCGUCAGCAAGAGGAUCCUCAGCGAGAGAGAGAGGGGAAGGCAUUUACAACCUCCGCUUUGAGCAGCCAUGGGAGAGCAGGAAAUUUGGGACGAACGUUCGAAGACGGAGCAGGAGGAUCCUGCCCUGCUGAAUUCAUGUGCGAAACAUGAUGAUGACGAUGCUACCGGUGGUUCGAGCAGCAGCUCGGAGUCUCGCCGGCAAGCGAUAGAUAACAGCGAGUUUCCGAUCUGCUCCAACUGCCAGCUGCGUCAUCCCGGCGACAGCAAGGGCUCGUUCUGCACGGAGGGGAAGCAGGGGCCGCUGGAAACCCUGUUCGCGAUGGUAACGUUGGGCUUGGUGUGCGGCUGGUGCUACUUGUUUGUGAUCACGUUGGUACUGCUCGCCCUGCAUGCCCUCGUCUUUAAGUCCGUCUACACGCUUGCGGCGGUGUCGCUCCUGCUCGGCAACUUCCUGUGGUGGCCGGUGAACAACACCUGCUAUCCUUACGAGGCAUUCUGCAACUCAUGGCUGUUCGCGGUGUGGCGGAGGUAUUUCAGGUGGCAGUGCGUUCUCGAAGAGCCCCUGGAUCCGGACAAGCGCUACAUGUUUGCCGAAAUGCCGCACGGAGUCAUGCCGUUGGGUCAGCUUUUGAGCUGCAGCAUUGUGCGCCACGUGUUCCCCGGGGUCAAGAACAUCUCCGGGGUCGCCGCAGACGCUGUCUUGCGCACCCCUGGGAUUCGUCUCCUGUACUCGUGGAUGGGCAUCCGCAAGGCCGGCCGCAAGAGCAUCCUCGACAUGUUCGAGGAAGACAUCAACGUCGCGGUGGUUGUCGGAGGAAUCGCAGAGAUGUUCAUGGUCUCCAACCACACUGAAAAGCUGUACCUGAAGAAGCGCAAGAACUUCACAAAGAUCUCCAUCGAGGCCGGGGCAGAUAUCGUCCCCGUGUACUUCUUCGGCAACUCUCUCUUGCAUGGACUUGUUGGUGGGGAGGGCGCGGACAACUGUCUUUGCAGGCUGUCUCGGAAGUUCAAGACAGCGUUAGUCCUCUUCUACGGUCGUUUCGGUACGCCCGUGCCGCGGAGGAAGGAGCUCAAGAUGGUGGCAGGGAGGCCAAUCGCCGUGGUUCAAUCGAAUAACCCUUCGGAUGAGUAUGUCGACGAUCUUCAUGCCGAGCUGCUGAGGCGGGUAGAGGAGCUGUACUACAAGCACCGGCCUGACUGGGAGACGCGAACGCUCGUGAUUACGUGAUCGGCAGAGAGAGGGGCGGGAUGGCGACGCAAGAACCCCAGAAUCGAAGGUUGCACGCCGAGGCUGUAUAAAUGUACACGAUGUGCAUCAGACGACAUGACGCCAACGUUUUGCCAGUGUAGCCGCUUGGUCGACUGACACGGGCGUUUACCGGUUCCAUCGUUUACCGUUUCCAACUAUGGAGAGGAAGAUGAUGGUGCCGGGGGUGGGGUGCGGCGUCCCUGACAGAUUAGUUGAGACGGAAUGGAGGCCUUUAGACGCAAACCUGUUCGUCCAUCGACGCUACUGUCCUUUUCUCUGAUCUCGGACAGAGGGGCAAGAGGCAAGGGUAACGUCGCGUCGCUGUUCGUUUGGUGCUGAUCGUACCAGUAAACACGUAGAGAGAUAAUCUGUAGUAGCUGUACUCGGGGUGGUUAGCCCGCCCGCUCUGGACGAUAUCGAGUGAAUCAAUGAUUAGUGUUUUACCAGGCACGCGAAGUUGAUUGGGUAGAGAAGAAGUGAAUGUCUGGGUGGUGAAGCGAAUCUUUGAACAGUGAAGUCGCUUGAAGAUUGACCAGAGCACCCAAUCUGGCGUGUAUUAUGCGAAUAGGAGAUGCCAGACUGAUUAUGUACGUUGUUAAUUGGGAGUGGGCACGAUGUGGAUUGAUAGGAUAUUGAUGUUCGUGUGUAUACUAGCAUGCUUGAUAGCGAUUCUGGAGCCACACGGAGGCACUUGCCAAGAGUGAACGGCGUAAGCCGGCGUGAUUACGGAGGAUUGUGUGUGUGACUCCUGUCCAUUGUAGAAAACGAAUUGGCAGGUGCUCGAUGUCGGCGAUACAGACAUUCAUUGCGGUAGACAUGUGUAACAU